AUGGGCACGGGGGAUUAUAYCUGCAUUGCUAUGAGCGGAGGGGCGCCUUGGGGCUUUAGAUUGCAAGGUGGCAAGGAGCAAAAGCAGCCUUUACAAAUCGCCAAGGUUCGAAACAAGAGCAAGGCUGCUAAGGCCGGGCUACGUGAGGGGGAUGAGGUGGUGUCUAUCAAUGGCAAACCCUGCGGAGACUUAACCUACGCUGAAGUUAUUGUUCUAAUGGAAAGCUUGACUGAUGUCCUGCAGAUGCUUAUCAAGAGAUCCUCCAGUGGAAUAAAUGAAGCCUUGAGCGCUGAAAGAGAAAAUGGAAAGCACGAUAACAUAAAAACUGAGGACUAUAGGGAGAGUGCCACACUGCAAAUUAACACAGUCAAAGAAACACCCCACACAGAAUUCUGCAUCACAGAGAUAUACAGUGAGACUCACCAAGGAGCAGAGAAAAGCAACAUAAAAUUUUCUGAAAUGAAACAAGAGACCACACAGAGCCACAAAAUUACUCCUAAAGUGACAGGAACCUCCAAAGUGCUGGUGACAGAUGAGGCUGCUUUCAGAGGGAAGAUAGAAGAAAGAAGGCCAGGCACUAUGGUUGAGCUGCAGUUGUCCCUCUCACAUGACAGGCACAAGGGCACCAAUGCUCCUGCUAUGACUCUCUUAGGGGCAGAAAAAUGCUUCCCUUCAGAAACAGGACCCAGUGUAAAACAGGAUGGGACUAGCCCUGUAAUUGCAAUUCCCCUGGGUGUGAAAGAGGGCAACAUCCAGUGGUCAAGCAAAGUAGUCCAGGUUUCUAGUGGCAAAGAGAUCAAGACGAUCCAAGGUGCAGCUCCAUCUCUCCCCAGGGUGGAGGUGAUCCUAGACUGUUCAGACAGGCAGAAGGAAGCAUCCAGGUCUCUAGCAGAAAGGGGGUGUGUUGAUUCUCAAGUGGAAGGAGGGCAGUCAGAAGCACCUCCUUCCCUCCUCUCCCUUGCAAUCUCAUCAGAAGGCACAGAGCAGGGAGAAGACGACCAGAACUCGGAAAGGGAUCACAGCAGACCUCUCAAGCACAGAGCAAGGCACGCAAGACUCCGGCGAAGUGAGAGCCUGUCUGAAAAGCAGGUCAAAGAAGCUAAAUCCAAAUGUAAAAGUAUUGCAUUGCUGCUGACGGCAGCUCCCAACCCCAAUUCCAAGGGGGUGUUGAUGUUCAAGAAGCGUCGCCAAAGAGCGAGGAAAUACACUCUGGUCAGCUACGGCACUGGGGAGCUCGAACGUUACGAAGACGAAGGUGAAGAAGGGGAAGGUGAAGAGGGUGACAAAGAAAACACUUUUGAAGUGAGUUUGCUUGCAACAAGCGAGUCAGAAAUAGAUGAAGAUUUCUUCUCUGAGAUUGACAAAGAAGGCAAGAUUGUGACAUUUGACUGGGACAGUGGUCUACUUGAAGUUGAAAAGAAGGCAAAAAGUGGAGACGAGAUGCAGACGCUUCCAGAGACCACGGGCAAAGGGGCCCUCAUGUUUGCCAGGAGGCGGCAGAGGAUGGAUCAGAUUACUGCUGAGCAAGAGGAGAUGAAGGCACGCACCGGGCACGCUGAGGAACGCAGCGAAGCCACCAUGUCAGAAAGCUUCCAGAAAGUGAGCUGUGCAGCCUAUCAGACAAAAGAGGAAGAAAUGUCAAGCAGGCAGACCUCUGUGAGCAARAGCUACCUAGAUGUGAGCCCGAAUCACAGUAAAAUGGUACAACAGAAUGGCUUUGGGUUGGCGCCAGACUCAGCUUUCUCUUUUCAGAGCUCUGAAGUUCAGAAAGCUGCCUCGCUGAAUAAAACAGCUAAGCCCUUCCCUGCCGGGGUCCAGAACCGAGCAGCUGCACCAUUUUCACCCACAAGAAAUAUAGCGAGUCCUCUCUCUGACAUACCAGCCCCACCUCCCUACGCCGCUGUCAGCCCCCCUCCUGAGGUCUUAUACAGGCCAGUAUCUGCUCCCGUAGCCCUCAGGGCUGCGCCAGUCUCGUGGUCCUCCACAGAGCCACCCGAACACAUAGCAACCCGCGACGAACGGAUCGCAGUGCCAGCCAAGAGAACAGGGAUACUGCAAGAGGCAAAGAGAAGAAGCACUACAAAACCAAUGUUCACCUUCAAAGAAUCACCCAAAGUCAGUCCUAAUCCUGCCCUGUUAUCCCUUGUACACAAUGCAGAAGGUAAACGAGGUACUGGGGCUGGCUUUGAGUCAGGACCCGAGGAAGACUACCUCAGUUUGGGAGCAGAAGCUUGCAAUUUCAUGCAGACUCAAGCAUCUAAACAAAAGACCCCUCCUCCUGUUGCUCCAAAGCCCUCAGUCAAGGUCUCUCCUGCUGCCGAUACUCCAAUUUCACCAGUCUGGUCACCUCCAGCUGUAGCUUCUAUCAAGGCUCCUUCCUUCCCGGCUCCAGUCUCACCUCAGGCAGCAUAUCCUGCACCACUCAAAUCCCCACAGUAUCCCCAUUCUCCUCCAGCACGUCCCCCAAGUACUCUUAACCUAGCCGGUCCUUUUAAAGGGCCUCAGGCAACCAUAGCAAGUCCAAGCAACACACCUAAGGCAACACCAACCACACCAAGUGCUGGAGGAAAGAAGCCGACCUUUGAGAUACCGCCAGCUAUGAGUGGAAAAGGAGCACAGUUAUUUGCCAGAAGGCAGUCUCGAAUGGAGAAGUACGUCGUAGAUUCAGAGACUGUGCAAGCAAACAUAGCACGAGCCCCAUCCCCGACUCCAUCUUUACCAGCUUCUUGGAAAUACUCAUCUAACGUUCGAGCACCGCCGCCUGUUGCUUACAACCCCAUUCUCUGCCCAUCUUAUCCUCCUGCUGCUACCAAGCCUUCCUCUCAAUCUGCUGCUGCUACCAAAAAUACUAAAAGAAAACCUAAGAAGGUUCUCAAUGCUUUGGAUGUUAUGAAGCAUCAGCCUUACCAACUUGAUGCAUCUUUAUUUACUUUUCAACCUCCAUCCAGUACUAAGGAAAGCCUAGGGAUUAAGCAGGCAUCAAAGCUGUCUGCUUCAAAACAAGGUCUACCAUUAAGACCACUCAGUGCUGGCUCUCCUACUAAUGUCCGGGCAUCUUCAGUCUACUCCGUACCAGCCUAUGGUUCACAACCUUCGUUCCAGUCGAACGCCUCUACCCCAGUAAAUGAAUCAUUUUCACCUACAGGUUACUCUGCAUUUUCUAGGCCAGAAACCAUCACAUCCUCUUUGUUUACUGCUCCGAGGCCAAAAUUUUCUGCAAAGAAAGUUGGCGUCACUGCACAGGGAAGAAGCAGUGGACGCUCAUUAUCACUUCCUGGGAGACCUUCUUCAGUCAUUUCUCGAGCCAUAUCCCCAACAUCUCCUCUUACCUUUCAGCCUGCUCCUGAUUACUUUAGCAAGCCAGGUACAGCAGCUGACAGGCCUGGCAAGAGACCCACUCCCUGGGAAGCAGCAGCUAAAUCCCCCCUUGGCCUAGUGGAUGAAGCUUUUGCACCUCAGAAUAUUGAAGAAUCUAUUGCAGCUAACGUAGUGUCAGCAGCUCGCAGGAAAACAUUUCCUGAGCCASCAGAUGAAUGGCAACAAGGAGCUUCUGCAGAGGCUCCGGUCGCAAGCGGCGGUGCGGCCUUACCUGGGGGACGGCAGCUGGGUAUGAUCGUCCCGCCCCACAAAGGCACCGUGUUGGCCCCAAGCGCCGGUGGCUCUCAGCCGCAGUACGCUUACUUCAGCCAGCAGUCCAGAACAGAUCCCGAUACCAUGUCCAUGGAUUCCCGGUCUGACUAUUACUUGUGAACAGCAGAUUCCACAGCCCAAGGCACGGAUGCAUUCAACAYGAACGAGAAGACGACCUGGCAAAUUUUCCCUUCAUUCAGCUUUACAAGCAUUAGAUCUGAGUUGGAGAAGGAAAGUGUCUUGCUGGCCUGACCAUCUCUGAACUGAAGAAUUGAAGAGGCAAUUCAGAACAGCACAGUUUUCACAGGACUGUAGGCUCGCACCCUGGAAUGGAUGUGCUUUUACUCAUAACCUAGGGUUGUUCUGUUUUCUAAAGAGCAAAACUGUAAGGUUCUGGGUGCGCGUAUGUGAGAAUGGGACAAAGUGAUCAACACAAACACUUAGGGUGGAUAUAGUUGCAGACAGCACAACUGCUUGCUGUGAAGUUACUAAGAAAAGAAUGUAAAAUCUGGGCAUUUUAAAAGCAAGAAGUAUUUUACAGAAUCUUGUAGGUUCUCUGGAUAUAUUUGACAGCUGGGAUUCAAGCUGGGAUUCAGACAUGAGAAAGUUCCAACAAGUACAGCACUUGGUAGCACUGGUUUAUUGGCCAUAUGUUUUCUUCACCACAUUUUUAAAAUAACUAAGAAAAUUCAUUAAUUAAUAAUUUUGCUAUGGAAACAUUUAAAUUAUGGUUAUGGCACCUGAACCUCUCCAACAUGUAGAUGUAUGCUAAUCUCAGUCAUKAAUUGCAGAUGGAUUUCAAAAUAGUUUUGAUGGAGUUUUGCACAUUGUAACUAAUCAAUUCGACUGAGCACAAGGAAGAAGUGUAAUAAGAGAUCAGGACUGUGAUGUUUGGAAUACAAGAGGGAUCAGAAAAGUAUUUAGAUUGCAUUUAAAGUGGACUGCAAGUUAAUUUUGUAAUAAACUAUUGAACAAUUCAGAGGCUGAAACAGCCUUUCUCUCUCUGUGAUAUAUACUAGUUGCUGAACAUUUACUGCUACAGUGUCUAGUGAACUGACUGGCUGGGCAGUCAUUCUUAGUAUCUACAUAGCUCAGUGUGUAGAAGGCUCUCAAUUUGUAUUCCCAGUUUGGAAGACGUAAAAGAGCUGUGUUUAUCAAGUUCGUUGUCCUGUGUGGAAGCUGAUAUGUGAAAGAAGGUUUAUGACAUGUGUUAUAUGGUAUGAGUCUAGUAGGAGAAGAAAAUACUUUGUGGUUGGUUAUGUCUUGAUGGAUCUGUAGAGACAGUAAAUAAUUCUGGCUGGUGAUAUUUUGCAUUUACAUCUCAUUUAAACAACACAAAUAUGUAGCCAAUAUAUGUAUUUCAAGCUUACUGGGUAGUUCAGAUGUUAUUAAGAAAUGAAAUGAAUACUCCAAGUUUUAAAAAGUGCUCUGCACCCUUCU